AUCCCAUUGUUGAUAAGCGCAGCACUUCCCUCUGCCCUUCGAUAGCUAGAACGCACCAGAACACUAUCAUAACUAGCCGCAGCCUUGGAAGGGCAGAGCCGGUGAGGCCCUGAAAACCACGAUGUCAGACCUACCACAGCCUGUCAAUCUACCCUCACGAAACAGUUUCUCCGCACCUGAAUAUGCACAUUACGAAGGAGCUAAACAUUUCACCGACGACACGAGCGUCCAAGCAACCAAAAUGGAGCACCAAGGGUGGUCUACUAGCGAACGCGAGGCUUUUCUACAACAACCAAAAGCGUUUAGUAUCGAACGAAGAACAUUAUGGAUACUCCUUGGCAUUGUUAUACUCCUGAUAGCUGCUGGAGUUGGUGGAGGUGUCGGAGGUUCCAUGGCUGUACAAAACUCGAAAUGCAAGUCCAUCAACGCCACGAAUUCGGCACAACCUUCACCUACCCCUACAAGUUCUGCAACCAACAAUACCAUUUUGCUUUCCGACCCAAGAGAGAUAGAACUUGUUUCUGGAUGCCCCGACAGCAAUAUUGCCUCUACAUAUGAUGAAAAGAACUACUUUAGCUGUAGAACGAGAACUGGUUCUGAUGGCAAUGAUGUCAUGGCAGUAAUUGCCUUUUCUGUUGAGGGGUGCUUGGAAGCGUGUAUGAGCUAUAAUACGUGGAAACAAACCGACAAAGAAUGCGUUCGGGCCGUUUACGCUCGAGAUCUGAAGAAGGCUUUCGAGAAGAACUUCGCGAACUGUUGGCUGAAGGGCGAAAAUAAUGGACAGAUCAUUGCAGAACGCGAGAAUGUCAUACUCCUAGACAAGUGCUCAACUUAUGAGGAAUGCUCGAAGAGGACGAGCAAGGCUUGAGAAUUAUCAAGGUCGGAAAUUGCCGCAACGCAUGCAUCAAGCCUUCAGCCAGAUUAGAGGGUCCUGUGGUCUCAAAACGCAUUGUGAAGCCUUUUCAUAAUCCUUCAAUAACUUUUGAAAACACUUCUAUCGAUCUAUACGAUUAUUUUGUCAACCGCGAGAUGGUGGGCCCUUUACCUACUGUUUUGCAAUAGAUUCACUGAACAGGGUGGCUCGCUUUACAAAUAAAGAGGAUUCUGCGGAUAGUCAAGCGUGG